CUUCUUCUCUGUCUCGCUUCCUCUCUUAUACCAAAAAACUCUCUCUUUUUAUUUCUCCCGUGUGGAAUCACAGUCGCAACCAUGCUUAUCUACAAGGACCUCAUCACCGACGACGAGAUCAUCUCCGACUCGUACGAUCUCAAGGAGGUCGGCGGCAUCGUCUACGAGGCCGACUGCGCCAUGAUCACUGAGGGCGCUGUCACCGUCGACACCGGUGCCAAUGCUUCCGCCGAGGAGGCUGAGGAGGGUGUUGAGGAUGCCGAGAUCAAGGUCAACAACAUCGUCCACUCUUUCCGUCUCCAGUCCACCAGCUUCGACAAGAAGGGCUACCUCGCCUACCUUAAGGGCUACAUGAAGGCUGUCAAGGCUGGCCUCCAGGCUAAGGGUGCUCCCGCUGAGGAGAUCACCGCUUUCGAGAAGGGUGCCCAGACUUACGUCAAGGAGACCCUGCUGCCCAACUUCAAGGACUACGAGUUCUACACUGGCGAGUCCAUGAACCCCGACGGAAUGGUUGUCCUCCUCAACUACCGUGAGGACGGUGUUACCCCCUAUGUCAUCGUCUGGAAGCACGGUCUUACCGAGAUGAAGGUCUAAGUUCGUUUUUUUUCCGUUAAAAGAGAAAGGAAAAAACGAAUUGGGAGUUGGAGAUUACGAGCGGAGGAAACAAAGU